AUGAGCCCAGUAACUUCGAAUUCCUUCAAGGAGGACUUCUCCAACUGGUCUGCAGAUGAUACGAUACUUGCUCUACGAAACAAGCGCUUGACGGUGCGCGAGUACAUCUCGGGUGUCCUCCGGAAUGCAGAGCGGGGAAAGCCUUUGAAUGCAUUCAUCAACCUGCUGUCCGACCAGGCAUUGAUUGCAGCAGACAAACUGGACCAUGCAAUUGCUCGAGGCGAGCCGUUGCCUCCUUUGGCUGGCCUGGCCAUUGUUGCGAAGGACAACAUCAACAUCGCUGGCGUCCCGACCACAGCCGGCACAAAUGCCCUUCGCAAUGCCACGCCAAGCACGACAGCCCUAAGCUUGAAGAAACUGAUGGUUGCUGGUGCUAUCGUCGUUGGGAAAACCAAUAUGCACGAACUAGCAUUUGGUAUCACAAGCACCAAUUUGUCGCCCUUUGCUGGCCCAGUGCACAACCCUUAUGCCGUCAACAUGAUCCCUGGUGGUUCGUCGGGUGGAACGGCUGUGGCUGUCUCUUCCCGAGUUGUGACCUGUGGAUUGGGCACAGAUACUGGAGGUUCUACACGCAUCCCAGCUGCUUUGACUGGAAUUGCAGGCUUCCGACCCUCUGUAGGUAACGGAGGUGGUCAGCGACGAUAUCACGACGACCACGAGGUCGUCCCAAUCAGCCACACCAGAGACACCGUUGGAACGCUGGGUCGCAGCGUUUCUGAAAUUGCCUUACUUGACUCGAUUAUUACUGAACGACCACGAGCACAACCUGCCAAGCUCCACGGCGUCCGCCUCGGCAUCCCUCCCGUGUUGUGGGCUGGGCUAGACAAGGACCUUGAAAGGAUAGUUACUAAAGCACAGGACACUCUUCAAAAAGCGGGUGUUGUACUGGUCAAAGAUGAUAUGCCGAAUUUGCUUGAAUUGGAUAGCACUAUAGGCCUUCCCAUUGCAUUGCACGAGCCCCUUGCCGACAUUCCUGCCUAUCUACAAGCCUCGGGUAUCAAGGACACCAGCCUCCAAGAUAUUGUUAAUGGAAUUUCGAGUCCGGACGUUAAGACUAUUUUCGCAUCAGUAAUGAAUGACACCUUUGGAGGCGUAUAUGACGAGGUCAUGACCGUUCGACGCCCAGCUCUUCAGAAGCUAUAUGCGGACUAUUUCCAAGCGCACAAGGUUGACGCAAUCAUAUUCCCAACCACAAUCCUCCCCGCCACUCCGAUAGACACCAUACAUGGUUCCGGGAACGUUUCUAUCAAUGGAGGGCCGCCAAUCGACACCUUCACCGCCUACACCAGAAACGCCGGCCCCGGGAGUGACGCUGGCAUACCGGGCUUGAGCAUACCUGUGGGAAUGACGCCUGUAGGUUUACCGGUUGGUAUCGAGCUUGAUGGGCCUCUUGGAGGUGACGAAAGAAUCCUCAGCUUGGGUCUGGCCCUGGAGAAAGUUUUUGGCCGCCUGCCUCCCCCAAAGCCUUAG